CCUUUUUCACCAAAACAACACCAAAACCGUUGACCAUCACCGCCCUAGGUCGAUCGGCGAACUCGACUCUUUCUUCCUUCUCUCCUCUCCUCUCCUCCCGCUGGGCUUCAACUCUCACGGCGUUUGUCGUUUGUUUGCUUGACGACCAUCGCAAACACCCACUUCAGCGAUCCUUCUUUUUCUUAUUCGACUUUAUUUGGUUACUUUGCAUUUUCUAGACGCUUCACAUCACCAUCCUCGAAUACCGCGAGUCGAUCCGCUCCGCUCCGCCAGUUUCGACGAUAAAUCCUUGACUGAAUCACGCCUCGCCUGGCAGUCUUCCACCGCCUGUUACGCCUUGUGCGAAAGAUAAAUUUCUUUAAUACUUGAGAGUAAUUCCGCCGUCGCCAUCUCCCGAAACGCUUCGUUCGCGACGUCACAAAUUCGACCCGGCUUUGGCACUGAAUGCACGGCGACGUUCGACGAAAACCCGAUACUCGAACAGAUUUUCGACACGCGUAACAUAUUUCAUUUUUGGCCAAUUUCAAGGGUGAACAACUGCCUUGUUGCACAAACGACCGCCUUUUUAUGGAUCGCCUUGUGUUCUCGUAGGCUCCUUUGACGCAACCUCCGCCCGUUCGUCAACCACUGUCCAAACGGACCCCCCGGCCAAUAACUUUGCACCGCCUUGCCCGACAUACUUUUGUAUCUUUUUGAUCUUGUGAUCUACCUCAACUUUUAACCUUCGCUACCUCACCUUGGCCAACUUACUUCUCAAACGACGAAAUUACCAGUCGAGAUACCUACUGCUUGCUAGCCUGGUCUUGUUCCCUCAACUUGAAAGCGGCCAUGGCGGCCAAUAUGCAGCACAUGGCUGGGGCCGGGCAGAUGAUGCAGCAGCCGAUGCGCAAGCCGACCCCCAAUCAGCUGCAGCAGAUAGUAUACCAAAACCUUGUCCAACAUACACAGCCAUUCACUGGCAUAUGUUGGCAAGCCAAUGUUGCCAUCAGUGAUCGCAUGGGUAAGACCAUGAACUUGAUAACUAACAUUUCUCUGGCCAUGAACGGAGGAGACUACAUGAAAGGGGCUGAAUGGGGCUGCAACUUUGAGCGUGAAGCAUUUCACAAAUCUGCUACAAAGGAAAUUUACGACCAGGAGAUGGGUAAUAAGAUCAUGGAAUUCUUUAAGAGACGCCAGGCCAAUGAACCCACACUCCAGAACAGUAUCAAUGUCAGCGCUCAAGCGCAGGCACAAGCACAAGCCCAAGCGAUGAUGAACAUGCAGAUGGGACGCGGCAUAGGCCAAGGCCCACAGCAAGGCUUCCAGUCUAUGCAGCACCCGAUGCAAGGUGGCCAGAUGAACCAAGCACAACAACAGUUGCCGAUGAAUGCCGGAAUGAACAUGGGCAUGCCGAACCAAGCUGGUCGUGGGAUGGGCCCCGGCCAGCAGAUGGUAGGUAUGGCUGGAGGUCAGAACCGACCUCAAGCAACUUCAUUCCCUUCGGACAUGGCACGGCUUUCGCAACAAGACAGACUCAAGGUUAGCGAGCUUGCACAAAAGAUGUUUAACACUGCCUCGGAGCAGCAGAAACAAAACACCCGAGUGCAACUUUCUCAAAGGAUAUCCCCCACGCAGAUGAACGAACUCACUGCCUCAGGCAAAGAUCCUUUGAUGUGGUUUUAUCAGAACCAAGCCUUCCAAGUUCUUAAAGCGAAUAUGGCCCGAAUUCAACAGGGCCAGCAGCCGCAAGGGAUGGGACAGAAUCCCAACAAUAAUCAAGCUCCCAUGAUGCAACAGCAGGCAAGUCAGCAAGGACUUCGCCAGCAGCAGGGUCAGAUGCCUCAACAAGGACAGCAGCAGCAUGGUAUGAUGAAUGGCAAUCAGGGUAACAACGACUAUAACUCCUUUGCACCCAAUAUGGAUAGCAUCGAGAAACAGCAGAUGAAUGGUUUGAUGGCUCAGCAAGCCGGUCAGAUGGUAGUACCUGCCAGCGCCGGACCGAAUCGAAACGCAACCCCCCAACCGCCGAUGGGCCAGAACGCACCCAACCAGCAAGGUCCUAAUCAAGGCCAGCGACCGCCGCAACAACAGCAGCAGAACAUGAAUCUUCAGCAAAUGAAGAUGUCGAACCAAGUCUCGCAGCAGUCACAGGCACAACUGCAGGCACAGCAGAUCAAGCAGAUGCAAAACCAGGCCGGCAUGGCUGCCAACAUGCAGCCUUCCCAAAGUCCUGCAAUGAACACCCUCAACACACCUGUUUCUCGGCCUGGCAACAUGAACCAGGGUGCUGGACAGGGCGGUGUUCAGUUUGGGGACCAGCGUUUCAACCAAGGAGCACAACGGCCUAACAACCAGACUUUCCAGAACAUGUUGGCAAGUCUACCGCAAGAGCAACGGCAGAUUGUGAGCGGUCUGACUCCAGAUAAGUUGAAUGAGGUAAUGCAGCGUUGGCAGUCAAAGCGCAAUGAGCAAAUGGGCCUAAAUAAUGGUGGACAACUUCCUCCAGGGCAAAUGGGGAACCGACCUCCAAGCCAAAUGAACCAGAUGAACCCUAACGGCGCUGGACAAAUGCCAGUCAACAUGCAGCAGCAGCAAAAUGGAAUGCCUAUGAAUGGCAACCCGCAGCAAAUACAGAUGCCUCGGAUGGCCGCGAACCAGCAGCUGGCUAUGAUGGACUCUAUGGAUUUACCUCCUCAAGUCCUCAGUCAGCUCCAGAACCAGAUCCCCCCAGAGGUCAAGAAAUGGGCACAGCUCAAGAUGUGGCUUCAGCAAAACAACAUUCCCCAGCAACUACGGACGCAACUGGUAACCGUUCAGCAAAGGCAGUUCCAAAUUGCCCUUCAGCGACGCGCUAGUGCCAUGCAACAGCAGCAACCGGGCCAGCCAGGACAGCAGCUUUCACCUCAACAGCAAGGCCAACCGCAGCAGCCAGGACAAAACAAUGUCAACCCUGGCAUGCAAGCGCCAGGUGGACCUGGACCCAAUCCUCUCCAAGCAGGACGACCACAGAUGCCUGUCAAUAUACCAGCACACAUCCUGCAGGUUUCUCCGCACGAAAUAGCCACACUUCGGAAUAGACCUCAGUUCGCUCAAGCAUCUGAAGAACAAUUACGCAAUGCGAUUCUCCAGAUGAAGAGGAGUUCCUGGGCGAGCCAGCAGGCACAGCAAAUGCGAAAUCAACAAGCCCAGGCUCAGAUGGUGCAAGCUCGCAAUGGUCAAGGCCAGCAAGGUAUGCAGACACAGAUGGGUGUUCCCCCGACACAAAUGCAGCUUCAACAACCACCCCAGCCAAACCAAGCACCGCAGGCCCAGAACAUUUCAGGAGCCAGCAACAUGGGGCCGAAUAAUACUGCUCAACAAGCGGCCCAGAAACAACCAAGCGUGACUCCAGAGCAAGCACGAAAUGCUCGCCCGCAGCCUACCAACAACCGAGCACAGCCUCCAAACCCAUCGCCAGCAUCCGCCCCGAAGAAUCUCAAGCGCCCGAGCAGCGACGAUGCCAUCGAUGUACCCGAGACCGCAAAGGCAGCGCCCGCGAGACCAGCGUCACAGCCCAACCAGCCACAGCAGGCACAAGGCCCAAGAAUGUUGACUCCUCAGCAAAUUGCACAGCUCACACCAGAGCAGCGAGCCAAAUAUGAAGCGAUGAUGAGGGCACAGAUGAACAAGGCAGGCCAGAUCCCUCCUCAAGGUGCAAGCGAGAUACUGUCGCGUCUUAAGUUACUCGGACAAGAGGAGCAACGACAAUCUGUGAAAGAGAACGAUCCUGAGAUUCCGAUGUCACAGCAGGAAUACCAGGAGACAGCUGAGAAGCUCAAGAAAAUUGUGGUUGAUAUGAGCAAGAUCGGCCGUGGUUUGAGCAGAUGGUAUGGUCUCACGCGUGAUGACCAAAGAGCGAAGAUGUUCUUCCGAACUCGAUGGAGGAUUCUCAAGCAGUUCUCCGAUGGCGAGAAGAUGUCCGUGCCUAAAAGCGUGUUCACGAUGCGAGCCGUGGAAAUCGAUCAGGCUCGAAAUAUGCUGGAGAGCAUGGCGAAGGAUCUCGCGGCGAGCGUGUAUGCUAGAGGCCUGAAUCCUGCUAACAGACAAGCCACACCCCAAAAUCAGAAUGCCCAGGCUGUCCAACAACAACAACCAUUCUCUCAACAGCAGCAGUCUCAGCCCCAACCUGACCAGCCAACGCAAACUCCAGGAGGACAAGCAGCUCCCGCCAACGCCGAAAACGGUCGUCGCAACUCUCAAGCUCAGAAUACUACUCCUAAGGGAGGCAACAAGGGCUCGCGGGCCCCAGAAGCUCCUACAAGCGCUCGGCCCCCCUUCCAGUUGGCUCCUCAUGGCAACCCAACUUAUGUCACACCGUCAAAGGAUCUCAACCUGCAGCUACCCACAGGACGCAAGAAGCAAAAGACUGGACAGACUCCCCAGGGCGCUACCCCGUCGCCUAAAAUUAGCAAGAAAGGAUCCCCUGAGCUUCGAAGGACGUCCGAAACACAGUUGCCACCUAAGCCAGUCUUUCUUUGCAAGGAACCCGAGUGCGAGUUUUCCACCACUGGCUACAGCACUGAGCAAGCUCUUCAGCAGCAUGUCUACGAGGAGCACACGAAGCCUCGAGAAGAUCCUCUCAAGUUUGCCCAGGAGAACCUGGCCUUGGCCCUCGGACUCGAGCCUGAUGGCACUAUCAAGCGGGAGCCAGGUACUGAAGCCGCUGCAAUGAGCUUGACCAACUCCAAGCAAGGCCAGACACCUGUCACUAUGGCGGCAACACCUGUGUCUAUCACGGAUGCCGGCAUGAAGCGAUCAGCCAGCAGCAUGGGUAAACCUCAAGACAAGGCCGGCCUCAAAGCUGGUACAACCCCCAAGAUGGCGGAUAUCAAGCCGGUUGAAUCGACAACAGUUGAUCCUUGGGCCAACGCGACUAUCGACACUGAGAUGCUGGUGAGCAACCUUGGAGUUGAGCGCGGGUACGGAUUUUACGAUAACCCCUACUAUGACCUCAACGCUCUUAGCUACUUGACACCCAGAGAUACACCUGACUCGGUCAAGGAUAAUGGUAGCAGCGAGCCUAACAGCGAUCUUCCAGAAGGUGCAGCCAUCGACAUGAAUGCGGAUUGGCAUAACAUGGAUACAGAUCUGCUUCUGAACAUGACCAACACUUUGGACGCAAGCGGUGUAAUGGGUAUCGACCCUUCGGCCUUAUUCGACCCGCCAUCGUUGCAAGAACCGGACUGGGAAGAUGUGAAGAUGGACUUUUCGAAACCUUUCCAAUUCGACACUAGCCAACAUUACUAUAUGGCAACCUCAUAAUAAUGGCAGCCGUUGAACGGCAUUAUACUACAGACGAAUUGAUUACCUAGCCACCACAAAUCGGCCGGUAAUUAGGGCUUUCAGGUCCGGGAGAUAUACCCCACGCAUGAUGUUUUGUUUUUGUUUUGUCACCACGACCCGUGGUAGUUUUUGUUAAUCGCAUUUUGUUAUUGGAUAACACUUUAGGGAUGCGGAUCGAAGCCAGGUGACGGCAGUAAAAGGUGGACGCGGCUGAAAGCAUCAUGGAGGGCGCUUUGUUCUGGACCUAGGACGAAAGGCAGGGUGUGAUUUGGCAGAGGAUACACAGGAGUUCGACUGGUAGGAGGCUUUGUUUGUUAAUGCAUGAUGCUUGGAUUUAUGAUGUUAUUCGAAGCGCGUUGUGGUUGUUUUAGUGUUUCUAGUUGAAGCUAUCAGAUGCUUCUUUUUUUGCAAAGUCGGAAUUAGUGGCUAGGGCUUAUGAGAUUCAUAGACAUGGACUCUGAGCAAAUGAUACCCAGCAUUUUGCUACUUGA